UGUUUACUAUGGCCACGGCAUUCAGAAGAUUUCUCAAUAGCGAAACGGGACCUAAAACAGUCCAUUUUUGGGCCCCCGUCAUGAAAUGGAGUUUGGUUUUCGCAGGCGCCAAUGACAUGGUGAGACCUGUCGAGAAAGUGUCGGGAAGCCAGCAGCUUGCUCUGUUGGCCACGGGCGCCAUCUGGACGAGAUGGUCGUUUGUAAUUCGCCCGCAAAAUAUGCUGUUGGCAUCCGUUAAUUUCCUGCUUGGUACGGUCGCGGGAUACCAGGUGAUUCGACUAUACAACUGGAGAAGAACGCUGGGAGACUCGCCAGUGGACUCCAUCAAGUACAUCAUCAACGGAACGCCCGAGGCCAGCAGCACUACACCAGCGAAAACAGAAGCUUAACAUUAUAGAUUCCUUAGCCAAGACCAUCCCUACCGUCUACCAGCGUCCAUGAACGAUUCCUGCUUGAGUAGGCCUGUCAAUUCGUCCAAAAUGUGGCUGUUCUGAGAGUUGAACACCUUGAGCCGUGUGAUCAGAUCGUCCUUGGCAAUGUUGGUGUCGACGGCUUCCGGUUGCUCGUUUUCCUCCUCAUUGUCGUCAUCCUCGCGCGGCACUAGGCCUUUGUAAUCGUUCAAUGGAUAGCUGGUCCGGGUCAGUAUCGCCUGCACUUUGUCAACAUCAAAUGCCUUUCCCUUAUCAAUACAUUCCAGCUUGUAUUUUAUAACUCCCCGGAUUCGACACACCGUUACCCAAUCGAGCCAGCCCGUGGCUUCCAGACACUGGUCCUGGAUAUGGGCAUCUUGCAGGAUUUUCCUGACGUCUUUGUCCGCCAUGUCUCCAAUCUGGAACGAAACGGCACACGUAGGGCUCACUCCGUCGUAGAACAGCUGUUUGGGCACUUUACCUAUACCGAGCUGGCUGAUUUCCGACGUAGGGUCCUCAAACUCGGCCUCGUAGCUUGCCAGCGUCGGUGGCACCACGAGCGGUUCCUCGCCCGUCUCCACCAUUCGCUCCAUCUCUGCCAUUGUAAACGACUUGCCGCUCAUUCUGAAUGCUUCCACCUGAUAAUCAACAGCUUCUUUAUGUAGCGUUGGAUCGUAACCCAGCUUAAUGUACGACUGUCUCCAAGGGCCCUUCUUAGUAGUGAAAGCAACAUAGGGCAGUGCAAACCUCAGUUGAGGUCGUAGGCGCGAUGGUAGCAUCCAGCUAAUGUGUCUUCGUAGCCAAAUUGGUUUCAUGUCAAAUAACUUUUUCAGGAUCUCGAUGCAGCGCAGCAGACUGAAGGCUGGCGAAUCCGGCACCAGACGCUCCAAACCGCGUUCCUUCAAGCUUUCCACCUCCUGAACACAUCUGUCAAGCUCUUUUUGGAGUGCUGGAUUGUACGAGGAUGGUACUUUUUCUCCCCAGUCCACGAAUAUAGUGUGGAGCUUGACACUGUCCCGAGUGAGCUCACCGUUCUCGUCAAUUAAGAGGUUUCCGACAUAUCUGUAGUUAUAAGGAAUAUCCACACGCGCAUAUCUGACUAGCGGCGGCAAAUCAAGAUCUUUGUUUUCGAACUUGGACUGCACCUGAUGGUCUUUCUCAAUGUAAUCCGCAAAAAGCUUGAUUUUCUCGAGGUCGGCUUUCCCGACAGAGUCUAAAAACUGGUUUGUGAACGGGGAGUUCUUGUGGACAGUCUGGAAGUCGGCAAGCUGGCGGAAUUUGUAAGUUUUGUUGAGAAUCCCUUCCACGCUGGAGCCAUAGGUAAUGUUAUUUUCCUCGCAUUCUUUUAGCGCAGCCUGCACGUUGU